UUCCAAUGUGUUAAAACGAACAAUCAUAUAUAGUGCUUGACUAAUAACUGAUAAUUAUAUUUAUUUAAAAAUUAAAACCUUAGGUUUAACUUAAUAUUUUUAAUUCUAUUAGCUCAUUGAUGGUUUACUUAAAAACCUCCAGCUUAAAUUUGCUGUAAAAAGUCUCACCUGUGCCCAAGUGUUAUAAACUAGGUCUAAGUUAUUCAGUAGGCUAUAAACUAAUGUGCUGUGAAUGAUGAGCUAAAUACAGGUUUAUUAUAUCAUACCCACAAUGUUCCCAGUUAAGGGUUAUUUUAAAUCUUUGGAUUGCCCUUGCUUUGAAAUUGGGCUUUGUGACAGGCUUUACUGUCUUUUCCGGCACUACCAAAAAAAUACAGAAUGCAUAAAUUUGGAGAGAGAGAUUCAGCGGAGUACUGAAGCUAUUGUGUUUACAGAGGAGAAGCUUACACACAAAACACAUGAUUCGUCCAUUAAAAACAAGGAAUACAAUCCAACCCCUAUUUUGGAAUUAAAUAACCGUCAGGUUUGGGACGGUUUCCCUGAAGAACAGUUCGAUCAAACCAAAGACCAAAGUGUUUUUGAUGCUCUAUCAAAUAAAAGUUUCUCAAGCUAUGAUGAGGACAAAAACUUUUCUGAAAAAGAAAAUCACAAUUGUGUAGGCAGUGAAUCACAAAUGGAAAUUUUAAAACAAGUAUCAAAUGAUUCACUUAGUGAUGAUUCUAUAAUUGAAAUUAUUGAUUCAGAAACAGAAAAUAAUACUGUUGAUGAUGUUAAGGCCAAUUUUGGUACCGGUACCAGUAUUAAGAACAGAUAUGUACAAAAUAUUUCUCAAAAUAAUUGUGUGCCUAAAAGGAAAGAAAAACUCAAAGCGCCAGCUAAAGACAAAAACUCAAGUUUACUACAGAGCAAAAAUAAUAAACACAAGGAUGAAACCUAUUUGGUGAGUCGACCCAAGAGAACUGUUAAAAAGUUUAAGCAGAGGGAUGACAAAACGUCUAAAACACAGAUGAAAGAUAGUUUUAAAGAAAUAUCAUCUUCUGUAAAAUCUGAUUCAUUUUACAGUAGUUCAUCACACAAUUGCUUUGUCAGUGAUAAAAUUAAAGACUCAUGUAAGAUUAGCCAAUCAUCUGAUGACAACAGGAUAUCUGUGGAAAUUUUACAAUCAACAAUACAAAACAAAAAUACACUUGAGGAUUGUAGACCUCCUUCAAAACAUAUUGAUUUAACAGGGCACUUUAAGUUGAAAAGUGAAAGCUUGAAGCUAGAUUAUAGAGUUGAAAAUAAUAGGAGAAAAAGAAUAGCUAUGGGAGAAGCAUUGCUGAAGAAACAUAAACGAAUUAGAAGAAAAGUGGAGAUGAUGACUCCAGCAAAAAGAUUUCUCAUGAUGGCAAACAUAAGAAAUAAAAAGGUAAAUUAUGUUAAAUCACAACUUAACGAGGUAAAUAUUGUUAACUCACAACUUAAUGAGGUAAAUAAAUCACAAGUUAAUAAUGAUAAACCACAACACAAGUUAAACCUAACUUGUGUUGACAAGUUAAAUCUUGUUAAGCCAAAACGUAGUGUCCAGGCAGUGAAGAUUAGAAGUGUUCCUAAUGUUAAAUCUCUCCUCAAAGAGAAAGAAGAACUGUUGAAAAAGAUAGAAAACUACAAGAAGUGCAAGUCAACUAAGUAAAAACAAGUACUGAACAAUCCUUACUUGUUUGAAAACCAAAACUGUUCUUAAAAUGUUUUAGGUUUAUAAAACAUUAUUUGUUAACGAUGUAACAACGGAAAAAUGUGAAAUGAGGAUACAUUAAAAAUGAGGUCCCUCUUCUUUUAAGGGCAAAAAAAUAAAAGAUUCUUUAAAGUUUAA